UUCAAGCAUACUGCUGCGUGUUUCCCUCCUCUGGCAUUAGCGGCUUUGCUUAUGACCUUCCCUCGUCGUGAAGCUCUGGGUAUGGCUUACGGGUGAUGGAUCGUGCGUUGCUUGUGACCAGAGUUGUUUUAGUGAAGUGGCAGUGGAGGAAUUAUUAUACUAGUAGUUUUUUGGUUGUACAAUUGAGGUAGGUCUGUCGAACAUGGCGUCUGUGGCGAAUGGCGUGGCGAAACAGAACGGCCAUAGCCAGAGCUGGAAAGCAGCGCCGGAGAAGUCAGCUGUGAAGAAGAUGGAUUCAAUCUAUAACAGCGAUGCGUCUCGGUCGCGGUACGAGGCCUACAGUCGGCUCCAGGCAAGUGCGGUGGCUUUUGGUGAAAAGUUGCCUAUUCCUGAGAUUGUUGCCGUGGGAGGGCAGUCGGAUGGCAAGAGUUCUCUGCUGGAGGCGCUCUUGGGAUUUCGUUUUAAUAUUCGGGAGGUUGAAAUGGGAACUCGCCGACCACUCAUGCUACAAAUGAUCCACGAUCCUGAGGCCUUGGAGCCUCGCUGCCGCCUUCAGGAUGAAGAAUCUGAUGAGUACGGACCAGUGAUCGCCCCCGUCACAGCUGUGGCUGACGCAAUUCGUGUAAGGACUGAAGAAUUUCUGAAGAAACUGGGAACGGCCGUAAGUGCCAAGCCAAUUGUGAUGCGAGCGGAGUAUGCAUUUUGUCCCAAUCUCACGAUCAUUGACACACCUGGCUUUGUGCUUAAGGCCAAGAAAGGAGAGCCGGACAACACUCCCGAUGAUAUUCUAGCCAUGGUGCGGGACUUGGCGGCUCCUCAGAACAGGUUGCUGCUGUUCCUGCAACAAAGCAGUGUGGAAUGGUGCUCAUCACUUUGGCUAGAUGUCGUAAAAUCUAUCGACCCUGCUCUGCAACGUACUAUUGUGGUGGUGUCUAAGUUUGAUAAUCGUCUUAAGGAAUUUGGAGAACGAUGGGAAGUGGAUAAGUAUCUCAGCACCGGAGGUUAUUUGGGUGAGAAUGCCCGUCCUUUCUUUGUGGCUUUGCCCAAAGAUCGGGCGACAUCGAGCAACGAAGACUACCGGCGGCAAAUUUCUGUUGUUGAUUCAGAAGUUCUAAGACAACUUCGCGAGAAUGUUGCCGGAGGCUUUGAUGAGGAGAGAUUUGGGAAUUAUGUUGGAUUUGGAAACCUAAAGCUCUACUUGGAGGCGGAGCUUCAGCGGAGGUAUAGAGAUGCUGCUCCAGAAACGAUGCUACUGUUAAAACAACGGUGCAUGGAGGUGCAAGCUGAGCUUGCUACUGCUGAGGCUAAAAUCAAAGCAUCUGCUGAUGUGACAGCCCUCCGGAAAUUUGCCAUGAAGCAUGCGUGGUUGCUGGCAAGCAAUAUGGUUGAAUUACUUGAUGGCGUAGACAGUCCAGACCCAGCCAAGUGGGGCCGGACUUCAGAGGAAGAGAGAUGCGAGAGUGGAAUAGUAAGAUGGCCAGGUCAAGCCGAGGAUGUUGUGCCGUGUAGUGCUAACCUGAAGCUCUAUGGACGUGCUGCUUUCAAUCGCGUUCUGCACGAGUAUAAAUGUGUGGCUUGCUCCAUAGAAUGGCCUCCCGUCUCAGAGGAAAGGGUUGCAAGUAUUUUGCAGGCUCGUGGAGGUCCUGUGUUUGUGUUAGCUCAAUCAUCAGCUCGAUCUCUUUUGGGCCCUUUGCUGGACACUGUCUGUGAUCGGCUCGUUUUCAUUCUUCGUAAUCUCUACAAGCUAGCGGCUGAGCGAAUGCGGAUUCAACAAUUUUCGAGGGAAAGCACUCAUAAGGAUGCACAUGAUCUCUCCGCGUAUGUCGCAUUUCAUCUCACCUUACGAGAUGCUCAUGAUCGCUUCAUUCGUAAAGUUGCUGCGCGAUCAAAGGACUUGCUAAACCAACAUUUGUCUGCUAUCAUCAGCUCUUUCUUUGAUGUUUGCAAUGAUUCUCACAUGCUCACAUCAUGGAAGAAUGGAAUGACAGCAGGUAGUAUGCGGCCAAUUUAUGCGACUGUCAACUUUCCACAGAUAGAAGACACGGAAGAUCAGUCAGUUUUUAAGAAAGAGGCUACGAUUGAUGAUGAUGAAGGCUUUGGUCACCAGGACUCAAAGAAAGCCCGGAAGGAAAAGAAUGGGGUCAAAGGAGGUGAUGAACGGAGCCACCUUCGUGAAAGUCAAAUUACAGUUCCCGAAACACCUACUCCUGAGCAAGCAGCAGUGGAUGCUAAGAGAAAAGAAUUCGCAAUAGCAAGUGGGCGUCUUUGUGCCCUUGAGGAUACUGCUCAGAAUUUACCCGACGGUUAUAUUGGUAAGAGGAAGAGGAAUAGACGAAGACUUUCAAUCGGAAAGGAGAUGAAGAUGGUUGUCAUGCAAACCACUGGAAGUGGGACCUCGUCAAUUCACAAGGAAAUCUGUAUUAUGGCCGCGGAGCAAUUUGGCAAGAUCCGUCAGUUGCUAGUGGAGCGGACUGUGGAUACGUUGAACGAAGCUUUCCUGGAUCCAAUCCGCAAUCAGCAAGCUAUUGACGUACAAAUGGAGGUUUUUGGAGUCAAGGAUGACAAGUUUUUGGAGAUGUUUGUGGCGCCUGGGGCCAAAGAACAACUCGAGCAGGAGUACGAAAAUCUUCAGAAAAGGAGUAUGAGCCUGAUGACAUGCUUGCAUGAGUUCCGCACCCUCGCACACUCACUAUGAGUAUCUGCAGAAAUCAGUAGGUGGAAUGGUGAAAGACUCCAUCGUCUUGUAUAAAUUCAGUUGUACGAAGCUUUGUGGCUUUACAAUCUCCCCCAUCAUCGAGAGAAUGAAGUUCUACUUAAGUGGAACUAGCUAGAAGCUCCUCUAUGGGGAAAAGUAUUUUGUAGGUCUUGCAUUUAGAUCAACAAGGCAGAAGCAGCCAAGGUGAAGAGGCUUAUGUAUCUCGCUUGGAAACGUAUUGAAACGCACCCCGGAAAUUAUGGGUUUGAGGUAUUUAGAAUUAAGCUAACACGUCUGUCUGUGUUAGCGUCCUCCUUAUGUGAUGCGUCGUGGUUCAAGGAAUGCAUCUACUACGAUUAUUUUAGGGUACUGCUCUGCAGGUGUGUUGAUGCGCACCUUUCAUGAAUUAUAAUUGUAAAAAGUAUGUCGACUGUUACACUCCUAUGGGUAUUCAGAGCCCACAAUGAAUACUUAGUAGUGCUUA